UAUUUUAACAUAAUUUCGAGGUUCUGUAAGAUUUAUUUUCGUGAGCGUUGAGCGCGUGUGUACUUAGUAUGGCGAGUUAUUACCAGCCAUCCAGCCAGCAGUCAUGCAGGCGGGUUGUGUGUGUGCGGUGGUGGCAGUCGUGCCUGCCUGGCUACUGCCUCUUCUCUUGGUAUCCGCUCUCCCGGAUAACAAGGUCGAUCAGAGAGAUUACUCUGACCUGGCCCAGGAUGCUAUAAAACAAAUACAGGACGAACAGCGAGGCGUCGAUGAAAGUAUAAAUGCAUUGUUGGAGAAUGUUGACAUCCUAACUGAUGCGCUCUCCGCUCACCUCACUCUUGAUGAUGAGAGUGGUACACAAGAUGUCGAGGACAGGGACAACCUCACCCACCGCCUACUCGACAAACUGGAGGAACUGGACUGUGUCCACAAAGCUCACGAUGAUGAAAAUCUCCAGCUAAAGGAGGAAAAUGCUUACCUAAAAACACAGCUCUAUUUGGUUGAGAAGAAAAGCAGGAGCCAUAACAACGGAGAACGCCUUGAAAAGGAUAAUCAACAACUAAAGGCCAACAUUCAACAAGUAAAAGAGGAUGCGAAAUUUGCGAAGGCUGAGAUUCGUAAAGUGCAGGCGGAUGCGAGGCUGGUUAAGGAGGAAAAUAUUCAAUUGAAAAAGGAGAUUCAAUUGGUAGAGGAAGAAUACUUGAAGACUUUAGACGAUAUUCGCUUAUUAGAGGAGGAGAUACGUGUACUGAAAGCCGACAUUCAAAAGGCGGAGGAGGACGCCAAACAGGUGAAGGGAAAGAAGCGAGAGCUGGAGCUCGCAGAAAUGGAAGCCCAGGAGAGGGACACGAAGGCGUCGAAGAGGAUCGCUGAACUAGAGAGAAUGGUCCAACAGCUGCAAGAGAUGAACAAUAAGACUGAAAGUGAGAAGAGACUUGUUGAAGACCAACUCCCACUCUUGAAGAAGGAGAAGAGGGAUGUUGAAGACCAGCUCUCACUCUUGCAGCAGAGUAAAAAAGAAUUUGAAAACCACCUCUUACAAUUUGAGAAGGAAAAGAGAGAGAUUGAAGACCAUCUGUCUCUUAUGGAGGAUAACAUGAGAGACGUUGAAGACCAACUCUGCCUCGCAAAGAAGGAGAAGAAAAUUGUUGAAGACCAACUCUCCGUCGUCGAAGAUGAGGUCAGAAACUUACGAGCAGGGAACACGACUCUAAACAAUGAAGUAGGAAAAAAGGCACAGCAAAUUAUUAGCGCCAAAAAUGAAAUGAGUCGCAUAGAUGAAAAGGAACACCAGGAAUGCAAGAGAAGUGUUCACAAAUUGUUCACAAGGGCGAAGACAGCCAAAGACUGUGCUGAACUGUACUGCCGGGGAGCGAGGAUGAAUGGUGUCUACGUCAUCAAACCGGACAGGAAGGGUCAGCAAGUGUCAGCCUGGUGUGACAUGACUAGCAACGGAGGAGGAUGGACGGUGUUCAUCAAGAGAGACAAGAAGGCUAUUCCCCAGGUGAGCUUCGCCAAAGACUGGACGCAGUACAAGACUGGCUUCGGUAACAUCUCCACGGAGUAUUGGUUAGGGUUGGAGUGGUUGUACCAGUUGACCAAGCCCUCGCCCCAGACCCUGCUGCUGUCCGCCACCAACAUGCAUGGUGAACCCGGCUGGGCGAUCUGGUCCAUCUUCCGCGUCAAAGCCGAGAGUACCGGGUUCCAGUUGCUGGUGAACGAGUACCAAGAGAAGAGUACCAUGGGGGACCAACUUGUACAGCACCUCAACCACAGUGAUAUGAGGUUCUCCACCCACGAUAGAGAUCAUGACCGCUGGUCAGGUAGUUCCUGUGCUCGGAUAUACGGAGAGGGAGGCGGAUGGUGGUACAGGGCUUGCAGCUGGUUUUUCCCUACCACUUCCCACGGUAACUUAAGGACAUACUACUGGAAACCGAGGGCCGAUAAGUGGGUUUAUCUCAGCCAGUUGCAAAUGAUGGUACGACCCCAAAUCUUCCCAGCCUGUCGCGAGUGAUUGGUGGUAGGAAAACAUGGUGGUGAUGAGAUGUCUGUGAGUUUGUGGAGGUUGUGGUGGUGGUUGUUGUUGUUGUGGUGGGGGGGGGGGGUGAACUGGUUCUUGUGAUGGGGCUGGCGACUUGGCGGUAGUAGUAAUGGUGGUGCUGUUUUUUUUUUUUUUUUUUUUUUUCUCCAG